GCGCAACCAUUUAAAGACAUGCUGGUUCAACCAUGUUGAAAAGGAAGGACAGAGUAGGACAUACGUGAAUCGGAGUCGCUGUGCAAGAAGGCUUACCAGCUAGUUAACCAGAAAAAUGUCCACCAUAUCUGCUGCCAGCGUCGAGCCCGUUGCAAUUGAGGGCACGGAGAAGAAACCAAUGAAACCCUGUUGUGCGUGCCCAGAGACUAAGAAAGUUAGGGAUGCGUGCAUCAUUGAGAAAGGCGAAGAAAGUUGCACAGAUCUCAUCGAGGCACAUAAGGAUUGUAUGAGGGCACUUGGAUUCAAGAUUUAAUAUAACUUUAUAUAAUGAGUCAUUGUGUUGUUGCUGGCUGGCUGUCUUAAAGGGACCUGGGAUAUUCCACGUGUUUUUAUUUAUACCUCAACAUGAAAGGAAGAUGUGAUCGCUGCACAGAUGGUCAUGAUGGAAGAUAUGUUCCACUGAGUGACAUGUUUUUUUAAUGCUCUGAAUUUCAGAAUUAUGUGAAUGUUCUGCUGAUUUAAGUGACAUAAAUAUCCUAUGCAAUUUGA